AACAUGUAACGUAAAAUAGAAACUCAGAAAACGAACUGUCAUCUUUGGUUUACUUCUUUUAGGUUUCACUUACACUGACUUACGUAAGCUCCGCGUAUUCGAUUUUACUUUUUGGCUAAUUGCUAAUAUGUAAUGACAUAUUCAUGACUUCGUGUGUACAAUCACGAACGCUCGGUCGCUCACGAAUUAAUCAAAUUAAAAUAACGUAAAGUGCGCGCAGAAGCAACAGCGCGCUUAGUUUGAAAGCAUUUCAUAAAAAAGACAAAGAUAAAUGGUUGGUGACUUUAUUACUGUCUUUACUCACUUAAAUACAACGCAAAUGGCUUGCGUCACUGUUCCUGGUCUUCUUCAUCAUGCUUCCCAAUGUAAAGGACAAAUUCAGGUCAUAUUUGGACCCAUGUUUAGUGGUAAAACAACAGAAUUGAUGAGACGAGUGAAGCGCUAUCAAUUUGCCAAUCAUUCAUGUCUGUUAAUUAAAUAUGAGCAAGAUGAUCGUUAUGAUGAGAGAAAAGUUUCAACACAUGAUAAACAGAGAAUGGGUGCAGUUCCAUGUCAUCAAUUGUUCAAAGUCAAAGGUCAAGCUAUGAAGUAUAAUGUCAUUGGUAUUGAUGAAGGACAGUUUUUUCCUGAUAUUGCUGAAUUUUGUGAAGAGCUUGCUAAUAAAGGAAAAACUGUUAUUGUCGCAGCUUUGGAUGGCACCUUUCAAAGACAGGCAUUUGGCAAUGUUCUAUCACUCGUUCCACUUGCUGAAAGCGUUGUUAAGUUGAAUGCUGUGUGUAUGAACUGUUUUAAGGAUGCUGCAUUUUCUAUGAGAUUGGGGAGUGAAACACAGGUUAAAUUAAUAGGAGGAGCAGAAAGAUACUGGUCUGUUUGCAGAGAAUGUUUUCAUCUGCCAAAGUACUACGAUAUUGUUAUGAAAUUGCAAAACACUCAUGAUCAAAACUGACAAAUACAACACUUAUGGCUUUUCCACAAAAGGACAUUGGAUCAUGCGCUCGUGAAAUGCACGAAGAUAGCAAUCCACAUUGCCGUAUUCCUUGUUCCCGAUUAUCAUUAAUCGCGUUUCCUUUCUCGCGUAAUAGAGUGAAUAGAAUCAUAGAAUGACAGUGAAAACUUAAUGCUUUUUUAGCAAACUUUCUUACGUAUCUAAUCAGCUUCACGUCAGGUAACCCAUUUCCCUUAGUUAGAAUUUUAAUUCAAGGUUCUAUAAUUUAGAUAUUUGCUUCAAGAUAUUAAUUAGCCCGACAAGCGUUGCGAAAUGCCUAAAAUAUUACGCAUUUUACACAAUUUCAAA